AUGUCCUCCGAGUCCUGCAAAUAUCCUCAAUUUCCUCAAGAGAUCCUCGACUGUUUUAUCGACUGUUUGGCAGCUCGCAAUAGUAACAACCGCUUAGAUGUUGCAACUCUUUGCACAUGCACUCUGGUGUCGCGAGCUUUUGCUCAUCGUGCACGAGGGCACAUCUUUCGCGACGUUUGCAUCACGGCCGACUCGGACGACGGACAGGAAGCUGACUCGGAGUCGGAGUCGGAAGAAAGCAUGGGAAACGAAGACUAUAUGAUUUUGCUUCACGAAUUAAUAACAUGGAAGCCACGACAUUCCUCUCCAGGUGGACUUACCGCUAUCUACCCCUAUAUCAAGAGCCUACGUUGUUGUUGCGAACUAGGACCAGAAGACGGGCGUUGGGAAGACUUGAUGUCCACCAUUUUGCACGCAAUACACGGCCCAGAGCAUGGGAUCACCAAGUUCGUCUUUAAUUUCAGUGGACGUUGGGAUCGCCUUGCGCUGGGACUGCGGUGCGCUAUUCGCGAUCUCUUACUCUCGCCACAUCUCGUCAAAUUUCGCGCGACUGACAUAGAGGGCCUUCCAAGAACGUUACUCAUUGGAAGCCGCAUCAAGCAAUUAGCAUUGGAAAAGUGCUCGGUGGAAGCCUCUGAAGGCGCUCUGUAUUAUUCUUCGCGCUACCCCUACGCGACUGCCUCGUAUCCUCUCCUGGAGAUGGUCGACAUCGACAACGUUGGAAUCAUGUACCGCCGACUUUUCGAACGUGAAGACAAAAAUGAUUCCGAAAAUAGUCAAUCGGCCUUAUCUGCUCUUCAGACGCUGCGCAUGUAUCCUAGGAGGAAAGCCAAAAAGACAACAACACUUUAUGAAUGCAUGAAAAGUACUGUCCAAUAUAUUGACAUUCAGUUUGACGAUCGGACCUCUGUGCCAGCAUCUACUUUUGACUUGCGUGCCAUGGAGGAUCUCAAUCGACUCCGAAUCCAGCAUCAUAGAUUUGAGCGAUCGAUGAGCUUCUCGCCCGCGCUUCAGAUCGAGAAGAGCGGCUACAGCAUUCUGGAUGUCCUCCGAGUCCCAACUUCUCUGCGAACAUUUUCUCUUAAGUACGCUGUCAAUAUUGGAGGAGAACAUCACCCUCCUGUCAUUGCUGUUCACGAGACAUUUUUCGCCCCUCCUGAAGUGAAUGAAUGGACGCGCCUGAAUGAAUUCUUCUCUUCACCCGGCUUUGCUGCGGUCACAAGAGUUUUCAUUACGCUGUCUUUUUGGGUCGAUUGGAACGAGGGGGUCCCUGGUGCACAAAAUCCCAAGGGGUUUUUUUCUGACAUCAAAACCUUUGUCCGACAUUGCCUUCCAUACUUUAGCAAGCCCACCACUACUUGUGUCCUUUCGGUUUUCGUCACAGUGAAGAAGGACGAUUACAAUGACGAUUUCUAA